AGAGCAUCCAUGGAGAAUAAUGGGUGACGAUAUAAAAGACAGAUCACAAAAGGAGGACGUCACUGUCUACUACUAAAUUAUAUCACGUCUUAUCCUUCGAAUCAAGAACAAUAGAAUAGAAUAUUCCACCACAAUAAUAUUCUCAUCUCUACUCUCUCUCUCCGUUUCAAUCGAUCUUCAUCUUGAUGAAAUUCGGUAAAGAAUUCGGGAUCCAUCUGGAACAAACCCUACCCGAAUGGAAAGACAAAUACUUGUGCUACAAACCCCUUAAAAAACUCCUGAAACGCCUUCCUAACCCCACCCCCGACGAUCCUCAGCCGUCACCCGAUCACAAUCACUCACCCGAUCUCCAGCACUGGUUCGUCAGGAUUCUUAAUGAAGAACUCGAUAAGUUCAAUGAUUUCUAUGUUGAUAAAGAGGAAGAAUUCGUCAUCCGCUUUCAGGAGCUAAAACAUAGAAUCGAGCGAGUGAAGGAGAAAAGCUGCAAAGAUGGAGUCUUUACAUCCGAAAUUGAAUUCAGUGAUGAAUUGAUGGCGAUACGGCAAGAAUUUGUCACCAUUCACGGCGAGAUGGUGCUUCUUAAAAACUACAGCUCCUUAAAUUUUGCAGGUAUCAUCAAGAUAUUAAAAAAGUACGACAAACGAACGGGUGGAUUACUGCGUGUACAUUUCACACAACUUGCUCUUCGUCAACCAUUUUUCACAACGGAACCUCUUACAAGAUUAGUCCACGAGUGUGAAGAGAAUCUAGACCUCCUCUUCCCUUUAGAAGCGGAAGUAGUUGAAUCUUCUAGUAAUAGCAAAACAAAUGCAGAUGCAAAUGCACGGGCUAGUGAUGAUAACACCACCGCACGAGUGUCGAUCGGUGAGGGCGGUUCGGAUGUGUAUAGACGGACGGUUGAUGCGAUCAGAACCAUAAAGGGUCUUAAGAAAGAAAGUUCUACCUCAAACCCGUUAUCGUUUGCAUCUAUAUUUGGCAACCAGGAUGUCGAUGACACUGGAGCUAUAACUGAUCCGCAGUCGGAACCAGAUUGUGAUGACGUUCACCUUCACAAGUAACGGUUUUUGUUUUCUUGUUUAAUGCCAACUGUGUGAAUCUUUUUGUUGGAUGUUUUGUUUUCUCAAUUGUUGGAAUUUUUUUUUUUAAAAUUUUUGUAACGAAUAAAUAACAGAACUUUACAAUUAUCAAUUAUAUGAAAAAAACGAACUAUAGAUC